GCCCAUCGCAACGCCAGCGCCUGGACGCCAUCCCAGGCGCCACAAGGCAGCCCGCAGGCACCCCACGCCUCGUGCGGACGCCCGACGUCGCCUACGACCGGCCGGACGCCCGCAAGACCGGACCCAGGGCUGCCCCAAACGCCGCCAAGCAAGAUGGGCACAAAAGAUGUGCUACCCAAGCACAUCGUCGACGCGCACAUGUACGACGCGAUCUACGCGUCCAUGGAGCACUCGCUGCAGGAAGCGCAGAUACGGGAGGCCAAGUACCAGAAGGGCGAAGUGAUACGAAAGAAGGAAGAAAGGUUGCGGGGCAUGGUGAAGCUGCCCGUCGGCGAGUUCUACGCGAAUACGCGCUUCGACCAUGGGAGGGGCGGCGCCGAGGGCGUCAUGCGGAGACGCGUGGCCGAUUUUCAUGACGACGAACAUGUUUGUUCCGCCAAGGUAUGUUGCAACGGCGCGCCGGCAAUAAUUAGAUGCAUGUCCUGCGCGAAAUUGGAUCCGAGACGUAGGGGCCACUACUGCCAGGCGUGUUUUGACAGGAGGCACCCGCCCCAUAGGGCCAAGCAUGCCUGGAUGCCGAUUGAGAAGUCGGAGCAUCUGGGGCGGCAGUUGCAGCAUCGGAACAAAGUGGCCGAGAUCGAGGUGUUUGGGGAUGACGUGGAGCGACUGCGACGUAAAGUGAAGGAGCAAACUGAAGAUUGUGGGGAGAUCGGUGAUCCGAAACGGACGGUCCAUUUGAUACGAGACGCGGACGCGAAGUCGCAGGCCGUGAAGGUUCGAGUUGCGCGGUUGCGGCGAGCGUUGAGAGCACCAGCCUUGCGACCGGCCUCGGAGAGCGCGGUCGUCACGAAAGGACUAUUGGCUCUAUACAAGUCGAAGCAGGCCAUGGGAGAACCGCGCUCCGUGUCCGAGCGGGAGGAGACGCAAUUGAUGUUACCGCCGUUGACACCCGAAGCACCAAAGCAGAGGGACCGCGGUUUUAGUCAACUGGCCAUGUGGGAGGUGCUGCCGGAGCAUGCGGCCGCGUCGCUCUUCGCGAAUGCCUUUAGGAAGAAGAAGGCCCGGGAACGGAUGUACGAGGCGGUCCAGAAGCGCUACAUGAAGGUGUAUGAUGCCAAUACUGGUUAUUUCUAUUUUGUGGAUACGCAGACGCGCGUCGUCGCGUGGGAACCGCCAGCUGUCAUGUGGAAGGACGAGCGCUUCAAACUUUCGAGUAGAAGGCACGGCGACCCGGUCAUGACGAAGCGCCAGGCCAUGGCCCGGGCGGCCUCUAAGAUUCUGACUCCCCGAAGCUGGGGGAAGAAGUACGCGCCGCGGUCGAACCUGGACGCGAUGGCCGAGGGCGACGAGGAGGAGGAAAGUACAGAUGAGGAGGAGGAGGAGAAGUGGACGCGCAUCCCGGAAGACCACGAGGUGUUUGAUCCCACGGGCGAGUACGAAGUGACGCGGGGGCGCGUGACGAACGAGGGGCCGGGCCACGGGCCGCCGCGGCGCGUCUAA